AUGGCCAGCGAGACCGACAUGCGACGCCACACCGCCGCCGCCGUACCCAGCGCUUCCGACGACACUGAUACCGACGCUGCCCGCCGUGAUGCCGUCGCCCCCGUCGCCGUGCCCGCACUAGACGCCUGCGAAAGCAAUCCCACGCAAGCUCCGAAGCAAAAGAAACACACAACACAAUCGGCCAUCGAUGAUGCUAGCGCCUCCCUGUCCCGCAACCCGAGCCACGAGUCCGCCUCUACCGCCAAUCGUCCCGAUACCCCCCCAAGUCCGCAGCCCGAGCUUAGCAGACACAAACGCUUCUCUGUCUUGCGCUUCCGCAAUGCCUCCGACUCUCAGCUUUCCCUCAGGGCAAAGCAGCAGGCCGAGAACCCUCCACCCUUGCCUCGACCUCCCGCCAUCAUCACGACUGCACCGACCAACGACAUCACAGGCCCGAAGAAGAUGUCCUCCCGCAUGAAUCUGGCGGCCAAAUUUCGACGGUCUAAUGACGUUCAACGCUCCAUCACAUCCAAGAGCAACUCUCUUCAACUGUCUAGAAGCUCAGUUGUGCUGCCUGAAAGACUCGAGGACGAGUCGCCAGCCAAAUAUCUUACCCGUCUCGAGGACACUGUUAGUCGGAGGGUUAUUGCCUCAGCCUUGUCAAAGGGUACUGACCCGUUCUCCGCCGCCGUCCUGAGAAGCUAUAUGCGCAGCUUCGGUUUCUUCGGAGAUCCAAUGGAUAUGGCAAUCCGCAAGUUGCUAAUGGAAGCCGAGCUCCCCAAAGAAACGCAGCAGAUAGAUCGUUGCUUGCAGGCAUUUGCGAACCGGUACCAUGAGUGCAACCCCGGUAUCUACAACUCCCCCGAUCAAGCGUACUUCAUUGCGUUCUCGCUCCUUAUCCUUCACACGGAUGUCUUCAACAAGAACAAUAAGCACAAGAUGCAGAAGUCGGACUACCUAAAGAACACGCGCGGCGAGGGCAUUUUUGAUGACAUCCUGGAAUGUUUCUACGACAACAUAUCAUACACGCCUUUUAUUCACGUGGAAGAUGAUCUCGACCUGAGCCAAGAGCGUGUCACCUCGAGCAAGACCAAGAAGAAGCAGCUCCUCCCGGGGAACCCCGGAGAUGCUGCAAAGCGCGCUGCCAAAGAACCCAUAGACCCUUAUACGCUGAUACUGGAUGGUAACCUCGAUGCUCUGCGACCAAACCUCAAGGACGCGAUGCACCUAGACGACCACUACAACUAUCUCGGCACGGCAACCUGCCUCAACCUCAAAGAUUUGCAGAAUACCUUUUUCAAGACGGGCGUGCUGCAGAUCGUCUCGGCCCGCUCUCGACCCGACGCAUUCAUGUCGGAAAAGACGGCCACAAACCCGGAGGACGCUCAUCCCGGCAUUGUGGACAUCAAGAUAACCAAGGUGGGCUUGCUGUGGCGCAAGGACUCCAAGAAGAGAAAGACCCGUUCCCCGUGGCAGGAAUGGGGAGCCAUCCUCACGGGCGCUCAGCUGUACUUCUUCCGCAACACGAGCUGGGUUAAGAACCUGAUGCAUCAGUACGAACACCACGUCAAGGUUGGCAACGACGGCAUUCCCAUAAUCUUCAAGCCACCGCUGGAGGAGUUCAAGCCAGAUGCGUUGAUGUCUACCCACGGUGCUGUUGCGUUGAUGGAUUCCACCUACAAGAAGCACAAGAACGCCUUUGUUUACGUUCGGCAAGGUGGGCUCGACGAGGUCCUCCUCGCAGACACUGAGGAAGAGCGGAACGACUGGCUGGCCAAACUCAACUACGCCGCCGCAUUCAGAACGUCUGGAAUCCGGAUGCGCGGUGUUGUCGGAGGCAACUACGAUGGCCAGGGCCGACGGGGCAUUCGACGUCUCGACAGCUCUGACGCCACCCAGCUCGUACAGACGCCGACCGGUCCUGUGUCGAUCGCGCGAGGGAAGAUUGACCACAAGAUGGCAGAGGACAUUCAGACGGCUCGACGAGACGGAAUGCAGCAAAAGAUUACAGAAGCAGAGCACAAAGUGGAGGAUGCUCAAAAGCAAUUGGACGAGCAACUUCGAAACGCCCGUCAUUUGCAGAUACUAGCUCCGAUCCAGCCCAGGACCAGAGAGCAGCUUCUGUCGGCCGCCGCACGCCAGUCAGCCCAACUGAAGUGGACGAGGAUGGAGAUCUGGAGGGAGAAGUGCCAUCGAGACAUCCUGGUCCAAGACCUCGCAGACGACCGGCCAGCAACUGCAUCGACUGCGGCGACGUCGCCGUCUAAAAUUCACACAGAUCCCGAGACUGCUUCGUCUCCGACGCCGCGACCGAUGUCUACUCGGCUGGAGUCACAGGCAAAGAGGCAAACCUCCACCGAUAGAAGCCCACAGACGCCCACAGACUCGAGUCUCGCGCCCACCCUCAGCGCCGCUGCAGCAGGAGAGGAAGCUGGCGGAGACUCGUUGCAGACGACACCGCAGGCUAGCACGAAACACCGUCCGCCAUCGCGAGAGGUUGGCCAUGCUAUGCCCGACAUGAAGAGUCCGCGUCAUGGAUCCAUUUCGAGCAUUGCCGCCUCGCCCAUCCAACCCCCAGCUUCCAACCCCCAAUCAUUACGUCCUCUGUCUCGCGAAGGAGGGGACUCCACAGCAUCCAACAAUGCCGAGUCCAACCACGACGAUGUCGAUGCUAGUGAGCGCGACUUCUUGAAGCAAGCUGGACUGUGGGAGGCCAGAAAUGCAAGGGGAUCCGUGGACAAGGCCACCAUCUCCACCUCGGCAGAGAGCGCCGAACACGUCGCUCCUGCUGAGCGCGACCGGCUCGAGAGGAGCAAGAUCAGGCGGAGCCUCCAGCGCACACUUAGGGAUAGCGCAGGCCACCUUUCCCAUCAUCGCAGUCGGAGAGGCAGGGAACCUGCGCCUGGUGUCUCGUCAGAGGAUACCCCGCAAGAAGUCAUACUGUCCCGCGGGACCGGAAGUUUCGUCGUGCACGGCAAGAAGGCAUCUGUCAUCAAUAUUGGGACCGAGAUCCAGAGCAUGACACAAGACGAAAAGAUUCUCGCUCGAAAGCAGCAGCAGCAGCAGCAGCCCCAGCAACAAGAACACGUAGUGUCGCCGACUUCCUUCGAUGAGGAGCACGAAGAUGCCUAUCACUCCGCACCGGAGACACCGUCGGAGUCGAACGAGUCGAACGGCCGACGGGAAUCCGUCGCCAGCGUCAGCACUACCACGGCACGGAGCUUCAGGGAGCUCCAUCGCAAGUACUCCUCUGCGCAGGCAGCUAGAAGCGUUUCCGCGGGCGGGAGACUAGCUGUGCCAUCUGAUGGCGAAAGCGAGGCUGCCGUGAGCUUCUCGGACGGACGUCGAUCGCCGCUUCCCCUGAUCGAGACGGCUUCGGAAUCGGAAGGCGAGGAAGACGAAGAUGGCGCCAAGAAGAACGAAAGGUCGGGCCAACAAGCCACAACAGCCCGUGACUCAAAAGGCGACAAGCAUGUUGGUAGCGAUGAAGUCGGUCCACCGACCAGCUCAGGCCGUCGCUCGAGCUUGCCGGCAGAGAUAAUGACAGCGUGA